CAUUGAUGGAGCUAGGCUUAUGCCAUGGUUGUUACCACCGUGCUGUGGCGGUACUGGCAAAAGCAGCAGUACGAAGAAGCCAUCACCGAAGUUUGUGCAUUGUUGGAUGUGAAAGAAGAAUCCUUCAGUUCAGAUCAAGAGCUCCUGGCAGCUGCUGCUGACACCGAAGCUAUCCGACCUAUCCCAGGGAGUUUCCCAACUGGGGAGGCUGAGAAUUUGGCAAACUUGGCUCUCUUUGGCUGCAGCUGUUGCAACCGUUUGGCCGAACGGGUGCGCAAGGACUGGCGGGUGGCAGCCCACUGGUGCGCCUUGGCGCGGUGCUUGGAAGCGGCUGGCGAUGGCGCUGGUCCUUGGGCCAUGGUCAGAUUCGAACGUCUGUUCCACGCUGCCGAAGCCAUCCGUGUGGCUGGAAAGGAUGUUUUGAAAAAUGAUGAAACUGGACGAUUGACACUGCCAGACUAUCAUCUACGAGCAUCCCAUAGAUGUUUGAGAGAAUGUGAAUCGAUUUGGCUAAGGUGGCCAUCCUGUACUAGCAGCCCAGAAAGCAUCUACACAUGUUUGGCAGAGGUUUGCUGGCAACUCAAGGACCAGCAAACAGCUUGCAACGUAUUUCUAUGCAGUGGUAGAAGACCCUUCACGGCAAGUACAAGUAUCAAAGCUAUCUAUAGGUGUUCGAUUAUAAGGAUCGCAGAUGAUCGCAGUCGUUUUCGCUAA